AUGGCUCACACAGCAGCAGAGCUCACUUGGCUUGGUUAUCUCUUAGAUGACUUGCGAGUUUAUCCUACCAAGCCGCCAAUUUUAUAUGGUGAUAAUCUAAGUGCAUUACACUUGACAGUCAAUCCAGUUUUACACACACGAAGUAAACAUGUUGCCCUUGAUUAUCACUAUGUCAGAGAACGCAUUGCUCAAGGAGUUCUGAUCACGAGAUACAUUCCCUCAGCAUAUCAAGUUGCUGAUAUAUUUACAAAGUCAAUGACAAAAACUCGCCUAGCACAAUUUCGACGCAAAUUUUGUCUCCAUCCUGGACACAGUUUGAGGGGGGAUAUUAGUUCAGGGAGUCAUAAGGAUGACUUAAGCGACAAUGAGUUGUCGGGCACCAUUCUUAAUAAAUCUGGUGGGAAUUUAAGUGGUUUACGAGUUCUUUUAUUACGAGGAAAUCAUUUCAGUGGCUUCAUUCCAAAUUGGCUGUGUCAGCUGAAUAUUGUUAGCUUAUUGGAUCUCUUAAGGAACUCCUUUUCUGGGUCUAUACCCCACUGCUUAUAUAAUCUCUCAUUUGGAAGGGAAGGAGAAGGACCUCUCUAUGGUCCAUUCAGUGACAAACUUGUUGAAUGGGGGAUAGGAUAUUGGGGCAGCAGCAAAAUUCUCUUAGAUAACACAGCUUCUUUUGAUGCUGAGGUUGAUGAAGAAAAUAAUAACCUAACGGGUGAAAUUCUAUAUGAACUUGGAGCGCUAUCUCAUAUUCAUGCAUUAAACCUAUCACGCAACCAAUUGACAGGAUCUAUCCCAAGAUCUUUUUCAAAUUUAUCCCAAAUAGAAAGUUUGGAUCUCUCUUACAACAUUUUAAGCGGACAAAUUCCUGUAGAGUUGAUUGAUCUAAACUUUCUAGAGGUAUUUAGUGUGGCCCACAAUAAUUUAUCAGAUAGAAUUUCAGACAUGAAAGGACAGUUCAGUACAUUUAAUAGUAAAAGUUAUGAAGGGAAUCCAUUUCUUUGUGGAACUCAAGUGAGAAGAAAAUGCCAUGAUGAUAAUGAUGAACCAUCUCCAUCACAAAUGGAGUCACCAAAGUCACCACAAGAAGCAAGUGAGAAAUGGUAUGAAAUUGAUCGCGAGAUUUUCCUUGCAAGUUUUUCAAUAACUUUUAUAAUGUUUUUUUUGUCUGCCAUCACCAUUUUAUAUGUCAAUCCUUAUUGGCAAUAA